AUGGUUAUAACCCAACCCACACCGCUGCCACCUGAUCCAGUCACGGUAGCAAGCUUAAAUGAGAUUGCUCUAGACGAGGCUCUCGACGUAUUAGAUCCAUUGCGACAUCUCAGGACCGAUGCCAGCGACUUCGCUCGAGAUGACGAAGAUACUGUUGUCGUACCUUCGCAGCCGCGAUCUAUCAUCGGUGAGACGAUCAGAUUGAUGUUUCCUGUGGACUCCCCCCUUGUAUCGAUAACACUCAAGGUUGAUGCGUCUCAUGGCUGUGGUGGCAUCGCUUGGCCAGCUGGUGAGGUCCUAUCAAAUUAUAUUGCAUUUCGAGGCACUGGGUAUCUCCAAGGCAAGAAGAUUGUUGAAGUCGGGAGUGGAACGGGACUGGUUGGUCUUGUAGCAGGCGCACUCGGUGGUACAGUCUGGAUCACCGAUCAAGCCCCCUUGCUGGGUAUCAUGCAACAAAAUGUCACAUUGAAUAAUUUGCAGUCUUGUGUCUCCGUUCACGAACUCAAUUGGGGAGAGACGCCGCCCUCGGACAUACCACCUCCUGAACUGAUCCUCGCAGCAGAUUGUGUUUACUUUGAGCCUGCCUUUCCUCUUUUGGUUCAGACCUUAUCCGAGAUGGCCGUUGGAGGCAGUACAGAAAUUUUGUUUUGUUACAAAAAGAGACGUAAGGCAGAUAAACGCUUCUUCACAAUGUUGAAGAAGAAAUUCAGUUGGGAAGAGGUGGAGGACGACCCAAAUCGCGAAAUUUAUAAUCGCGAAGCCAUUUCGCUUCUAACUCUUACGAAGCGGCCAUGA